CUGCCGUCCACCCAACCCUUUACACCUAAUCCCAACCCUCAAUGCUCAACCAGCACGCAUAAUAAUUUAUAUAUUUAAUGAAUCGAGAAAAGUCCGCAAAGGAAGCUUCUAGACUCUACAUUGGUAACCUGGAUCCUACCAUCGAUGAAUAUGCUCUGGUCAAGCUAUUUGAACCUUUUGGAAAGAUCACCUUGAUGGAUUUCUUAUUUCAUUUUGCUGGCCCAAAGCGUGGCCAACCCCGAGGUUACUGCUUUUUGGAGUACAGCUCCAAGGAGGAGGCUCUGAAGGCUAUCGAUAUCAUGAAUAACAAAAUGAUUAAAGGCAGGCCCUUAAUUGUUUCUUUUGCAUUGGCGGCACCCGCCCACGAGGAUUCGAUGCCUAGAAAGGGCCAGACAUCGAGUUCACAACAUCGGCCCAAUCUACUGAGUGUAAUGAAAUCACAAAAGAUGGCUAAAGCUAGGUACAGCGCGGUUCGUGGCAUACCGCCACUUUGUUUCCUUUUUGCUUGCGUACUAAAACAGAUUUGGCUUGAGUAGUACGGAUGCCAAGAUCAAAGCCAUCGAGAAAAAACUGGCAGCGUUACAAGGCUCACAGAAGGUUGAAGAACCAUCUGCAGAUACUUUGAACCGUGACACAAAGGGUAAUUCGCCUCAGGCAUUGUCGUCAUUGUCAAAAAAUAGCAAUGUCAAACAGCGCUAUAAACCAUACUAAACAUCGUCCAUUCAUUAAAAGAGCGGGGGUAUUCAUUCCAUUCACUUUGCCUUGGGUCGCACAAAUGUGAACCGGGGAGGAAAUAAAACAAAAUUAGAACACGACGUAGGGCAGGGGCUGGC